CGAAAGAAGAAAUGCGAGUAGCGGGGAGAGAUGUAGAUAUGGCUGUUGUCGGAUGCAACACUUAACCACAGGAGGGAGUUGUUUAACAGGGUGAUUUGCAGCUGUUAGUGAUUGCACAAAAUUUGCAAGGUGUGUUAACCCAUAUAUAGUGAAUAGACAAAUGAUUGCUAUUAUUGCACAAACGUCAUGGCAACUUCCAUGGGUAGGAUUACAUAAUGCAUGUCCAAGGAAGAGGCCAAAAAUAUCAAUACCAUCUUCAAAAACCUGUCACAAUAUUAGUGGUUCAACAACUUUGAUGAUUUCCUGUUGCGAGUCAAGCAAAGGAACUGCAAUUACAUUUUCCCGAAGGAAUCUUCUUUCUUGUGCUUUGUUCUUCACUGUUUCAUCCCAUGUUGCCGUAUGUGAUCCUCAUUUAGCAGAGGCUGUUCCUGGAUACAGGGAGUAUUCUGAUAAAUUUGAUGGAUAUGCUUUCAAGUAUCCUCUGAACUGGAUUCAAGUUAGAGGUGCUAAUGCAGAUAUAUUCUUUAGGGAUCCAGUGAAUCUUGAUGAAAAUGUGUCUGUGGAAAUUACUUCUCCCUCAUCUUCCAGAUUCAACAGUGUUGAAGAUUUAGGCCCUCCCAAAUCAGCAGGAGAUAGAGUUCUCAAACAAUAUUUGACAGAAUUUAUGUCUACUAGACUCGGCGUACGGAGAGAAUCAAAUAUUCUAUCCACUUCCUCCAGAGUUGCUGAUGAUGGCAAGCUGUACUAUGAAAUAGAGGUAAAUGUUAAAUCAUUUGCCAAUUCCAACCAGCUGGCUGUCAUGCCAGAGGACAGAAUUCCUCAAUUGGAGUGGGAUAGGCGCUACCUUUCAGUAUUGGGGGUAGAGAACAAUUGUCUCUAUGAAUUGAGGCUGCAGACUCCUGAGAAGGUAUUUGCGCAAGAAGAGAAUGAUCUACGUCAAGUAAUGGAUUCAUUUCGGGUUGUUAAGAUUUCAGACUGAUUUUAUGCCCCAAUAUUCUCUUUUGACCAUUAACUAUUUUAUCAUGCGAUACCAACUCUAUUGUAAGAUGGUGAAAUUUUUAUUUUGAUUUAUGAAGGCCUAUAAAGAAGGACGUGAUUGCAUACGUGGCAGUCUAACAAUGGAUCAAUUUGGAAAAAUGGAAGAGGCUGAUUACACCA